AUGUCGUACCAAUACUCUCACCAAGAUCACGGCCAUCCGCCUCUACCACCCGACUGGAGAGCUCAAUGGGUUCCGGAAGAGAAUCAGUACAUAUUCAUUAAUGAGCGCACCGGUCAGAGGUCAUGGCACCAUCCUGAAGUACCUCCCGGAAACCAUGGGUCUGGAACUAGAGAUAUUGGGGGACCUCCUGGGCCCGGAAACUACGGUGGUCCUCCUCCCCCGGGUCCUGGUUAUGGUGGUCCUCCACCUCCAAGUGGCCGUGGUUAUGGCGGUGGCCCCCCUCCUCCAGGCUCCGGCUAUGGCAGUCCUCCACCUCCAGGCGGACGUGGCUAUGGUGGCCCUCCACCCCUGGGUGGCCGUGGUUAUGGUGGUCCUCCUCCCCCAGGCCCUGGCUACGGUGGUCCACCUCCUCCGGUUGGCCGUGGUUAUAGUGGUCCUCCUCCUCCAGGCCCUAGCUAUGGCAGUCCUUCUCCAGGUGGUCGAGGUUAUGGCAGCCCGCCUCCUUCUCAAGGCUACGGCACUCCGCCUCCUCACGGAUACGGUAGUCCAGCACCAGCACCAGCACCAGCACAGCAAAAGAGCCACGGCUUAGCGCUAGGUAUUGGUGGAGGCGUUCUCGGUGCAGCUGUAGGUGCUUGGGCAAUGCACGAGCAUGAUAAACAUAAGGAAGAGGAGAAAGAAGAAGAAUGGCGAGAAGAAGAGAAACGUCUGCAAGAACGCGAACACGCGCGAGAACGCGAGCAGGAGCGUGAAAUUGAAGCUCAACGUGAAGAAUUAUACGAAGAGCAGCGCGAAAUUCAACGGGAACGCGAUGAGCGUUAUGAAGCGGAAGCUCUCUAUGAAAAUGAACGGCGUUAUGAUGAUGAGCGACGCUUUGAAGAGGAACGAUACGAGGAUGAGAGGCGCUAUGAUGACGAGAGACGUUACGAGGACGAGCGCCGAUUCAUUGAAGACGAGCAAAUCAUCGACGAUGAACGACGUUAUGAGGAUCGAUAUGAUGAUCGGUGGUAAUUCAACUGCGUGAUCUAAAGUUUACUGUUCUCUUACAUUUUUCGCGGGAUGAUAGUAUGUUAGGAGAUCG